GACGCGGCCGCGUUCGCGCGGGCGUGCGACGCCUGCGCGCUCGGGCCGGACCUCGACGGGCUGCCCGGCCGCGAGCGCGCGAUCCUCGGGGAGCGGGGCGUCCUCCUGAGCGGCGGGCAGAAGGCGCGCGUCGCGCUCGCGCGAUGCGUCUACGCGGCG